AUGGCGUCCAAAUUUCUUAUACUCAACCCAUCACCGGAUGCGUUAGAUAAAGUUUUAGAGAAAUCAAACUUACAAUAUACCAAGAAUGGACCGUUUGAAGCAACAAUUUUAUUAGGAGAUGUUUUACCGCAAGGUAAAAAAUUACCAACAGUGAAAGUCAUUGGGUCAACAUAUUUCACCGAAGGUAAGAAUGGAUUUUCUGAAGAUAUCAAUAUCGAGGAUUCUAAUUUAGUUGAUGUGGCAGACAAUCUUACAUUUGCUAAACCUCCAUUUAGAAUCAUUAAAACUGUUAGCGGAUUUACUAUCAUGUUUGUAUCUAAAUUUGAAGAUUUUGAACUCCCGAAAAUAGAUAUUGAUAUAUUGAUAACUUAUGAAUGGCCCCAAUCAAUUGCCCAAAUGUUAACUACUUUUGGAAACGACAAAGUUGAUGAUUUGGUUGCCAAAGUGAAACCAAGAUAUCAUUUUGCAGUUGGAAAUGAAGCAGGGAUGUUUUUUGAAUUGGAACCAUUUGCUUGGCCCACAGGGCAAGUGACAAGAUUUAUAAGUUUGGGACAAGAAGGAUCUGGUGAUAAAUGGUUUUAUGCAUUUAGCAUUAGUAAGGUAGAAGAUAUCCCUACAAAAUUGAUUGACAACCCUAUUACCUCAAAGAAAAGAGCAAGAGAGGAAGAGAUCAUUGAAGAGAAGAGUAUUUCUAAGACAGAAGCUAAGAAGCCUAAAGUUGUAUCACCAGACCAAUGCUUCUUUUGUGUGGGCAAUGCAAAUACAGAAACACAUAUGAUUGUUUCCAUUGGAUCAAGUGCAUAUUUAACCAUUGCAAAGGGUCCACUUACAAGAUCAAAUAAAAAUCUACUGUUUUCUGGUCAUGGUAUUUUGAUUCCUAUAGAGCAUACAGCUACUGUAUCACAAGAUUCUCCUGUGAGAAAAGAAUUACUUCGUUAUCAAGAUUCAUUAGUCACUGCAUUUGAUGAACAGAAACCGAAUUUAAAAUUAAUAUUUUGGGAAAUUAGUCGAGAUACAAACAUUCAUCAUCAUAUUCAGUUCUUGCCAGUUCAGGAUACGUUACUUGGUAAAUUUCCAAAUUCACUAAACCUUCGUGUUAAACUUAACAAUGAAAAAUUCAAAAAGAACCAAAAACUCAACUUUCAAAAGUUUACUGAUAGUUCUGAUCCUGCGUUAUUGAAAAUCAUAGAGAGUAAUAACUAUAUGAUGUUUACAUUAUGUGAGAAUAAAACUAAUCGUAUUUACUACAUUACUCCAUUAAACGAAAACCCAAUAGAUAUUCAAUUCCCAAGAAGAGUAUUAGCUCAUGUGUUGAAUCUUCCAGAUAGAGUUCACUGGGAUAAAUGCCAACAACCAAAACUUAAAGAAAUGUCCGAUUGUGAUAAUUUUAAAUCAUUCUUUCAAAAAUACGAUUUUACUGUUUAA